AUGGAAGUCUUUCAAAAGAAAUUUGUCGAGGAAGCAGCUUUGCUUGGAAAAGGGUUUACGAUGUCGGUAGAAGAGCAACAUGAACGGAAGUUUAAGCUUGUUGUGAAUGGCCAAGUUGCCGAUUUAGUGGCAAAAGCUCCAUCAGUAAAUUUUAUACUACACAAUGGGAAGUUCGGUUGUUGCUCAUGUCUCCAUCCUGGAGAAAGAAUGCCUGGCCGUGGUACCAAGCGUGUUUAUCCGUACUCGCCCAACACCUUUCCACGUCGUACUCAUAAUGACACCUUACUUCACGCACAAUUAGCUAAUGAUACCCGAGAAACCAUUUUUGGAGUAAAGGGUCUUUCAAUAGUGCAUACAAUUUUAAACAUCCCAGAUAUGUUGCUGUUUGAUUAUAUGCACCAAGUUCUUGAAGGCGAAUUCACAAGACGCAUGACCAAAUGGCUUGCUGGAUCAUGCGGAAGUGGCGUCAAUCUAAAGCCGUCCGUAGUAAGUUUGAGUCAGAAUCUCAAGGCCAUUGGUUUACCUCACGAUUUCAACCGAAAGUUGAGGCCUCUCGAGGAGUUCAAAAGAUGGAAAGCCAGCGAAAAGCAGACCUUCUUUCUCCAUGCAAGUCUACCUCUUCUAAAAGGCAUUCUACCACCAGAAAUUUUUUACCACCAUUGCCUGUUAGUUACUGGUGUGCGGCUGUUGUGUGAGUAUGACAUCACAGAUGACCAAGUCACCAUAGCUAAGGCCAUGCUUCUCAGCUACACCAGGAUGUUGCCAGAUUUGUAUUGUCUUUUUGAAGCAACUUUCAACUCCCACGCUUUGACACACCUAGCAGAACAAGUUAGAGGACAUGGCCCUUUAAUUCUCCAUUCUGCGUUUAUUUUUGAAUCAAUGCUUGCCCACCUUAAGAGGUUGUUUCAUGGUACUCGCGGUAUUCCGGACCAGAUAUGUAAGAAGUUGGCCGUUGCACAACAUGCAGAACAUAGUGUAUCUAAAGCUCUGGAAGGUAACGCCAACACCAAAGAGUUUGCUGACAAGCUGUUGAAUUCUAACCGUUUAACAGAUAUGAUCAAACUUUCAGAUAAUGUAUCUUUCUUCGGGCCCCUUCAACCUCUAUCUGUUCCAGUAGACGAAAUUCAAGACUUUCCACUCGAGGCAGAAAACAUGGCUAUUGCACAGCGAAUGACCAAACAUGGAGAGGUUUAUCACAGCACAAGUUAUGCCCGGCGAAAGAACGCUGUGAGUUUUCUCGUUAAGAUCAAAGAAGAUAAUGAGGAAUAUUUUGGUAAAGUUAACUUUUUUGUCAAACAAAGGAACACUGGCUUUGCAGUGGUUGAAGUGUAUCGUAGUUUGCAAUAUAAUAUCUGCCAGAAUGGUUUGCCCGAGGCAAAUGAUCCCAUCUUAAAAGAGUUUUGUUCGUCUGGCUAUCUUGGGUGCCAUUUUGUAGCCGUUGAGAAGACAACCCAGCUGAAAUUCAUCAAUUGCUCUUGGAUUGUGUCGAAGAUUGUUCUUGUUAAGUCUAAAGAAGAUAAUGUCCAUGGAUUUGUGUCUUCUGUUCUUAAAUGUUAUCAGCACGACUGA